CCAUCACGCAGGCGGCAUUCCCACGCUGGAUUGCGAUGGACAAUCUUUGUGCGAGAAAGCCGCCCGCGCGAGUGUCAGCUGUAGCCUCUCUCAAACAAUAUGACAACGUGGUCUGUAGGUAUAGGCUGUAAAAAGUAAAAACUCUUUGAAUUGUGUUAGAGUAAAGACAUUUUUGAUAAUAUCGUGUUAUGUGCAAAAGAGUAAAAUUUGUAUAGUUACUUAUCCCUGUUUGGUUAUCAAGACUAAACAAAUUAAACAGAAAAUAAGCUAUAGAAAGUUAUAGCACACAACCAUUUUCUAUUAAUUUGUUUAUUGAUUUGGAUAAGUUUAUUUUUACUCGACCACCAAAUUGAGUCAAUAAUAUUUAACACUCUGUAUAAAAUGCGAUCGCCAGCGCAGCGCAAAAACGCGGCUUUACACUAAACCAAUAAUAGAAUAAAAUCAAUCUAUACACCCUCUCCACGCACACCACCACACAUCAAUCAAUGAUUUUCCUAUACACGCGCACAUAGCUAAUCCAAAAUCGGCUAUCGGUAAUAUUGGCAUUGUAAACAUUUAUAGGAUAUUUGCAAACUAUUUCGACAAACGCUAAAACUACACCCGUCCCUUUCUUACAUCCGAGGGUGACUCAAUCGGGAGCUAGUGAAAGCGAGACAGGGAGAUCGGUUUUACAACUUCGCAGAGGGACAAUGGCGACGCUAUUGUUGAAUGUACCCCAAACUUUUUUUUAGGUCACAUAAAAGUAUUACAUUCGAUGGGGACGUGCUGCCUGCAUUCACUUAUUGCAUUCGUUUCGCAGUCAACACAGAAGAAGGAUCGUCGCCCACGCAGUCCGGUUUAGUGCUAAAUCUAUGCAGUGAUUAGUGACAGUGAGUGAAUAAGUGCAGCAUGACGUCAGCGGCCACUACUAAUCGUGCGCAUGACAUGUGGAACAAUUGUGCCGACAUGAUCAAUCAAGGUGACUUACAAACGAAACAAUACAAUUACAAACCAAUGAUGCCAAGCUUGUAUAAUUACCAAAACAAUGCUUGCAGUGCUAACGCAGACUAUUAUCCCCCGUACAUGCAAAGUGCCGACUUUUACAAAGCUUACGGGAACAAUCAGACUGAUACUGUAGUUAAAUCCGAGCCGGGUAAUUGGCAGAACUAUCAUUCAAAUUACACAGAUAGUCAUGCUAAUAUAGAAAUGGUCAACAGAUGGAGAGAAAUGAACUAUUACAGACAACAACAGCCGCAUCAGAAUCCCUACGCAUACGAUCAGAGAAGUAACACAAUGGCUAAUCAAGUGCCUUUAGAUAGCGUGGAGAGAGAGGAUACUCGAUCCAUGAAUUCGCCAGGUCAGUGCAGUUUGCCAGAAACCAGCUACGGGUCGCCACAAAGUGUCACGAGUGCUAAGCCACCCAGCCCUGAAGCAGAUUCAGGAAAGCUACGCGCCCUGCUGUCAAAACCAAAGAAAAAUGAACCAUACAAAUCAUACACGCAAGAAAUAUUGCAACGAAUGAUGAACCAAGCGGAUCCAAUCACGGACUGGGAAAAAAAGAACGAAAUUAAAGCGGAUAAGGAAUGCAAUUUGUCGCAAUUUCAUGGUGGAUACGAGGCGGAAGGUCAGACGUCAGUCAAGAGUGCUGGUGGGGCGGCGAAAGAAGUGCCGUCAUCGGGAGUCGACUGUCAGGACGUGACGAGGGUCGAGGCAGGCGGGGACAAUGCGGAUUACGCCGAUACCAAGAUGGCCGCUGCAGCCGAUGUGCAGGGAUUCUACCCGUGGAUGAAAACUAUUGGCGGUGACGACAAAAAGGAGGGAUCAAAGAGGACAAGACAGACCUACACCAGAUUCCAAACGUUGGAAUUGGAAAAAGAGUUCCACUUCAACAAAUACUUGUCGAGACGACGAAGGAUAGAGGUCUCCCACGCCCUCGGCCUGACUGAAAGGCAAAUCAAGAUCUGGUUCCAGAACCGACGGAUGAAAGCGAAAAAAGAUGGAAAACUAAACGCUUCUCCAGACCCGUAUGGCGCUGAAGAAAUUGGUGCUACUUCUUUAGGCAAUAUGCCUGAAUAUAUGGACACACGGCAGAUGCCCCUAGACUACCCUGGAUAUCAUAUGGGUAACGGCCCACAGUCAAACCUGGCACAUAUGCCAGCGAUACCGCAGAAUUGUAUGAUGCCACCAUACAAUGUGCCUAAAAUGUGACCCGUAAAAUAAUUAUAGUAACAGUUGAUUUGUAAUUCUCUUGUUCCGGCGUUUAACGUAAAGUAUGAAACUAAUUUUACACGACAUAAACACUUAACUCGAAAUUUCUUUAUUUGUCUCUCUAUCGCUCGAAUAUUUGGAUAGAGUGGCAAAUAACAAAAUUUCCAUUUUUGUGUUUCGUGGUGGGCCCUCAGUGCGUCCUGUUCGCGCGCAUGACACCGCGCAUGUGCAUGUGCACGCGCUGAACGCGGCGUACCGAGAUCAAAUUGGUAUCAUAUUUAACGUGAAUAAACGUCUAACAGGCGUAUUUCAAUUACAAAAACACGAUUAAAGUAUCUUUGGUAGUGAAUAGGGUAUUAAUAUAAAAACAAAGAUUAUACAUAUUCUAUGACCGCAAUGCAGAUUGAUUAUGUAGUCGAGAAUUUUGUAGCAGUUGAUU